AUGAAUCAAUUGGUGACCAAAAAGGAAAAGGAUAUCCAAUGCCUUCCCAUUCACGCAGUGCUAUCGCUGUCCAUAAACUACGGACACAAUUACUCGCGCUUUAGUGAACCCCCGGCUAGGACAUCAACAGCACCACCACUCGUGAUGACGGACUCACAGUACGGCUACUCAUCAGGCAGUGGUUCAGUGACCGGCACCGGUUACGGCACUCAAUACGGCUCAUACGGCGGCGACUCCUACAGCUCUUACUCAUCUGCCGGUGCGACAGCCGGCGGACCCAACUAUGGAACCGCUUCGGCGCCCAACCCAUACGGACAACAGUCCGGUGGCUACCAGUCCACUGGCAAUGACCAGUACUCCUACUCGUCUCAAUCGCAGCCCAGUCUCUACUCCGACGGCCAAACGGGUCAAUCCGGUUACGGCUACAGCACCGGCGCGUCGAGCGGUGCGCCGGGAGUAGGAGGCGGUGCUCAGAGCGCCGGCGGUUACGGCUCGUCGGCCGGCAGCGGUUACGGCGGCACCAACUCGUACUACACGUCCGGCGGUGGCGGUGGUGGUGGCGGCGGCUCUCACCCAGGCUCCGGUGGCGGACAGUCGGGUCAGAGCCAGUACGGGCAGUACGGCGGCUCCAGUCAGUACGGGGGCGGCGGUGGACAGUCGGGCUCGUCGAUGGGCGGCGGCGGCGGCGGCUUUAGCUCCUCGUUAGGCGGCGGCGGUAUGCCUGGCGGCGGACCCCCCUCUGGACCGUACGGCUCGGGCGGUAACUCCCAUUACGACGGCGGCGGUUCGAUGGGUGGCGGCCAUGGAGGCGGCGGUGGGUUCCGUGAUAUGGGUAACGGCCACAGCAUGAGAGGACCGCCUAAUAAGGUGGUCAUGGAGGCGGCCGUAGUUCCGGCCCCGGCGGACGGGGAGGAUAUGGUGGACCAGGUGAUUAUGGACAUCAAGGUGCGUAUUGAUUACCAGAAUCAGGACACAGUGUUUAUAUCAGGACUUCCCGAUGAUAUCAAUGACGAACAGUUGGCCUCUCAUUACGGCUCCAUUGGUAUGAUUAAGAUCGACAAAAAGACGGGUAAACCGAAGAUCUGGAUCUACAGAGACAAGGCUACCGGCAAAGGCAAGGGUGAGGCCACUCUCACCUACGAAGACCCAGAGGCCGCCAAAUCGGCCAUCAAUUGGUUCAAUGGCAAAGAGUUUCCCACCGGAAGCGGUCGGUGCGUGAAAGUGGAGUUCGCACAGAGAAAGUCGAGCGGCGGUGACCGCUUCGGUGGCGGCGGUUUCCGUGGGGGUCGAGGCGGCGAUCGCGGAGGCCGUGGCGGCGGACCCGGUGGUCCACGAGGCGGCGGUUCUUCCGAUAAUGGCGGACGCCAAGGAGACUGGAGGUGUCCGGACUCCAACUGCAAUAACAACAACUUUUCGUGGAGAAACGAGUGCAACCGAUGCAAGACUCCCCGUCCCGACGGAGACGGACCUCCCGGCCCAAUGACACCGCAAGUGUUGGACGGCUCGCCGCGUAGGGGUGGCGGCGGUAUGGGUGGACCCCGAGGUGGUGGAGGCCGUGGCGGUGGCGAUAGAGGUCGCGGAGGCGGCAGUUUCCGUGGCGAUAGAGGCGGUCGCGGAGGUGGCGAUCGUGGGGGCCGUGGCGGCGGCGGUCGCGGAGGACCCCCGAGAGGCGGAUUCGGCGGCGGCAGAGGCGGCCCUAUGGGUGGCGGACCCAUGAGAUCGGGCGGCGGACCGCCCGGCGAUCGCCGAUCGAAACCCUAUUAA